AUGAUAUUGAUUGGUAGCCAUUUAAUGUUUUACUUUAAGUAUCAAAUUCUCGGAACUUUUCAGAUUUCUGUUUAUGGUAGAGAAAGCUUUCCAUGGUUUUGUAUUAAUUUUCGUCUUCUAUUUAUCAAAGAAAACGUAUUAAUGAGGAUCAACAAAGACGUGAAUCUGGAAUGUCACAUCAAGACAGUUUCUCACGUAAAAUAUGUCACUGAAGUUUUAAGGUGCCAUGAAUCGGAACGAAGCAGAGCAUCUGAAAAACUUUUUCAAUUAGCAAAAGCGAAAUUGAGAGCGCGCUAUAAAAUCGAAGCUCUCUUCAACCCAUUCAGCUUAUUUUCGAAGCAUCACAUUGCAAGCUUCUAUGAGUUUCUUAACGACGAGGGAGAAUCAUAA